AUGCCCGGAGGUCUGCUUCUCGGGGACCAGGCCCCCAACUUCGAGGCCAACACUACCCAGGGACGCAUUUGCUUCCACGACUUUCUGGGAGACUCAUGGGGUAUCCGCCUUCUCCCACCCCCAGUGUGCACCCCGGUGUACACCACAAAGCUUGGCAGAGCUGUGAAGCUGGCCCCAGAAUUUGCCAAGAGGAAUGUUAGGGUGAUUGCCCUUUCAGUAGACAGCGUUGAGGACCAUCUUGCUUGGAGCAAGGAUAUCAAAGCCUACAAUGGUGAGGCCCCCACAGAAAAGCUGCCUUUCCCCAUCAUUGAUGACAAGACCCAGGACCUGGCCAUCCUCCUGGGCAUGCUGGAUGCAGCAGAGAAGGACGAAAAGAACAUGCCCAUGACGGCACGCCUGGUGUUCAUUUUCGGGCCCGAUAAGAAGUUGUCUAUCCUGUACCCAGCCACCAUGGGCAGGAACUUUGAUGAGAUCCUCAGAGUGGUUAACUAUCUCCAGCUGACCGCAGAGAAGAGUGUUGCCACCCCGGUGGAUUGGAAGGAGGGAGAUAGUAUGAUGGUCCUUUCAACCAUCCCUGAAGAGGAGGCCAAAACCCUUUUCCCCAAAGGAGUCUUCACCAAAGAGCUUCCGUCUGGCAAGAAAUACCUCCGCCACACGCCCCAGCCCAAGGUCACCCUGAGAAAUCAGGGCCGGGACUGCCCGCGUAGCACAGUGAACCGCAACAUGCCAGCUGCCGAUCAUGUUUUCCUAACAAUUCCAUGCGAACAUCUCAGUUUAAUCACCGCCUGGGUCUUUAGGUUGCCGUGCUGCUAGCUUAUUAAAUGAAAAUGACACUCAACUA